UAUCAUUUUACAGAUAUGGAAACUGAGACUUAAAGAAAUCAAGUGUCAUUACAAAUGGCACUAGUUAUUGACAAAUCACAGAAAAUAACCCAAUGUCCUUUUACUAGUGUUCUUUCUCAAUAUCCUUCUGUUCAGCAGUUGUAUCUAUGAAGAUAAUUCUGGAUGUCUGACUGACAUGUAAUGGAUUCAAAAAAAGAAAAUGUAGCAGAGCUACCAGAUAUCUUGGAUUCCAGAAAAGACUCAAGUCAAUACUCAGCCAAGCAAACAGAUAUGAGAUCAUCAGGAAAGAACAAAACUAAGUGCAGCAAUGGCUUAAAGAUGUUCAUGGUGUCCCUGUGCUUCAGCUUUAUUUGCAAAGCACUAUCAGGAAUUGUCAUGAAAAGUUCCAUCACUCAGAUAGAAAGAAGAUUUGGCAUAUCAACAUCUGAAGCUGGUUUCAUUGAUGGAAGCUUUGAAAUAGGCAAUUUACUGGUGAUUAUACCAGUAAGUCAUUUUGGAGCCAAAUCACACAUACCAAGAUUAAUUGGAAUUGGAUCUUUUGUUAUGGGGAUUGGAAGUCUUUUAACUGCUUUGCCUCACUUCCUCAUGGGAUAUUACAGGUAUGACUCAGUAUUAAAUGCCAACCCACUUGACAAUUCAACAGUAACCUACACUUCUUGCUCAACUGAUCUCAAUUUAACUGGCAAUAACAGAUCAUCUAUACAAUUAGAGACAGGUUGCAAAAAUGAAUCUGAUUCACGCAUGUGGAUAUAUGUGCUGAUGGGAAACAUGUUACGUGGAAUUGGGGAAGCUCCAAUUGCACCCCUGGGAAUCACAUACAUUGAUAAUUUUGCUAAAGAAGGACAUUCUACUUUUUACUUGGGCAUAUUACAUUCACUUACAAUGAUUGGCCCAAUGUUAGGAUAUAUGCUGGGAUCUUUAUGUGCAAAACUAUAUGUGGACAUUGGGUUUGUAGAUCUAAGCACUAUAACAAUUAAGCCAAGUGAUUCCCGUUGGGUUGGUGCUUGGUGGCUUGGCUUCCUUAUAGCAGGAAUGCUUAAUAUUGUUGCUGGGAUACCAUUCUUUUUCAUUCCUAAACAUAUGAAGAAAGCAAGAAGGCAAAGUACAGAUCCAGCAGCUUUGGAUGCACCUUGUAACAAUGACAAUAGAGGACAGAAGUUGAAUUUUAAAAAUGCUGAGCAAACAAAAACGCAUAACAGUUUGGAAGGUUUUUUCUAUUCCUUGAAAUGUAUCCUUAGUAACAAGAUGUACCUUUUCUACUUGGUUUCAUCAUUGCUGACUUUUAGUACCUUUAUUGGGAAUAUUACCUAUCUUCCAAAAUUUUUGGAACAGGAGUAUGAUUUGUCCAUGUAUAAAUCUAAUCUUUUUCUUGGAACAACGGCAAUACCUAUUGUUGCUAUUUCAGUUUUCCUAGGAGGAUAUAUUUCUAAAAAAUUAAAACUGGGCAUUCUUGGAAAUGCAAAACUACUCUUAAUUUCCAGAGUUAUUGCUAUGGUUCUCCAAAUACCCCUAUAUUUUUUGUACUGUAGAAGUCAACCGAUAGCUGGCUUAACAGUAAACUACAAUGGAAAUGACACAGGGACACUUCAAGACAUCCCAUUUUCUUUCUGCAACUCACACUGUAAUUGUGAUGCCAAUCUCUGGGAUCCUGUUUGUGGGGAUGAUGGACUCACUUACAUGUCCCCCUGUUUGGCUGGAUGUAAAUCUUCAGUUGGCCGUGGAAAGGAUUUAGUGUUCCAUAACUGUAGCUGUGUUGAAGUUAAUAAUAUCCAGUCUGGGAAAGCCUCAGCUCAUCUGGGUAAAUGUUCAAGGACAGAUGAUUGUUCGAGAAAUUUUAUUUAUUUUACUAUAUUAUCUUCCUUCAUUUCCUUUGCCAUUGGAAUAGGAAGUACCUCUUCUAUUCUUCUGGUAUUUAAGUUUGUCAACCCUGAACUGAAAUCACUGGCAAUAGGUGUUCAUUCAUUAGUUAUGCGAACACUAGGAGGAAUUUUAGCUCCUAUUUAUUAUGGAUUAGUGAUAGAUGUAACAUGCCUAAAAUGGGACACCAAUAAUUGUGGGGAUCAAGGAGCCUGUAGAAUAUAUGACUCUCAUACAUUUAGAAAUGCAUACUAUGGCUUGAGUGUGGGACUAAAAAUACCAGAUUUCAUCUUUUUUAUCAUUUUAUUCAUUGCUAUGAAGAAAAACUAUCAAGAAAGCAAGACUGGACCUUCUAAUAAUGAAGGAAUAGAUAUGGAUGGAUCAAAUAACAAACCGUUGGUAUCCUCUGCUCAUGCAGACAGUGAAAGUCACAUUUAGCCUGAACAAUUACUUCUUCUCAACCAAGGUUCCUUUGGUUCCUUCUUUAAUGAGAUCCAGGAGCAUCAAGAACCAAAAUGUUAGCUAGGAAAAGACCCUAAUUCAGUUACCAUGUUCUUUUUUAAAUGAAUUUGAGGGGUAUUAAUGAAUGUCUAUUGUUUUUACUGAGAA